AUGGUGGGAUUUGAGAGCUACGUGGUUGUUCACAACAUAGCAAAGCGGCACAACGUCGGAACACUAGCUCGGAGCGCGACGGCGUUUGGUGUUACGGAGCUGAUCCUCGUCGGGCGCCGCGACUUCAACGCCUUCGGCAGUCAUGGUUCAGCUUCUCACAUCCGAUUCCGCCAUUUUCACUCACUCAGCGAUGCUCGCACCUACCUCAAGGAGGAGAAGGAUUGCGAUAUCUGCGGCGUAGAGAUUGCAGAUGGAGCUGCUGCGGUUAACGAACAUCCUUUCAAACGAAACACUGCGUUUCUUCUCGGUAAUGAGGGAUCAGGAUUAUCUACCAAAGAGUAUGAGAUAUGUGACUUCUUUGUAUAUAUUCCUCAAUAUGGAUGUGGCACUGCCUCGUUGAAUGUUACUGUUGCAGCUUCUAUUGUCUUGCAUCAUUUUGGAGUUUGGGCGGGAUUUUCUGAACGUGUCCGAGAUGGAAGCAAGUUUAUAGUGGCUGAUAAACCCGCAAGACAAGGAAGACGGAAUGUCUGUGCUGGUUCAGAAGAAUCCAUUAUUGAAGAGAGGAAGUUGAGGAAAGAAAGCGCAGAAAACGGGUUUUUCGAUGAAAAUGGAAACGGAGAUUCAUCGUCCGAGCUUAUGAACGGUUUGUUCCUUGACGAAUAG